ACGGAUCUGUGGUCCAUGCCGUUUCACUCUCCCGAGGGGCACAGUCGCGUGGCAUUCACGCAGACGCAGCUGGCUGCUCAGUCUCCUGCUCGCAUCACACCGCCGGUGCCCACCGCUUCCUUCGCCGCUUCAGUUGCAAUCGCCAAGUCGCAACAAUCUACGGCACCACCUACCGCGCGCAGCGGCAACCAGCCCGAUCCCCUUUCCCUUCGCCCCACCGCACCGAGCGGCACGAUGGCGACGGAGCUGACGGCGGCGCAGCUGCGGGCGUACGACGGCACCGACCCAUCCAAGCCGAUCUACGUCUCCAUCCGCGGCAAGGUCUAUGACGUCACCUCCGGCCGCAGCUUCUACGGGCCCGGCGGCGCCUACGCCAUCUUCGCCGGCCACGAGGCCAGCCGCGCCCUCGGCAAGAUGUCCAAGGACGAGGCCGACGUCUCCGGCGACCUCUCCGGCCUCACCGAUAAGGAGCUCGGCGUCCUCGCUGACUGGGAGACCAAGUUCCAGGCCAAGUACCCCGUCGUCGCCCGCCUCGUCGACGCCUGAACUCGAAAUGUGAAGUCAAAACCCCCCAUCAGCGGCGACCACCACCACCUCGGCAAGUAUCAGUGUAACUGUAUCCUACCUCUUGUAGCCUUGUGCUUGCUACAUUAGCUACCAAAUAAUCUCAAGGAUGUAUGUUCCUGCUACAUAACUCUCUGCAUUUGGUAUCUGUCAGGAUGUAUGUGCUUGUUUGCUGUGUAAUUGCAUGACCAAUAAUCUGAUUGAAAGAUUGGGGUUGGUUUAAGUAUUGGGAUCAGUGGCUUUGCAA